AUGCCUUCUGCUGCUGCUACUUCGCCACAAGACAACCCUUGGGAAAACACAGACACUCCCCAAAGCGGUACCGACCUCGUAACUAAGAUCCACCGCGAGUCAUACGAAGCAAUUUCACCGUCUCGCUCUGAGUUAACUCAAGCUGGUCAUACAGUUCUUGUAGCUGGUGCAUCUACUGGUAUUGGUUUCAGUAUCGCCGAAUCCUUUGCUGCGGCUUCAGCAGAACGAGUCAUUAUCACGGGUCGUCGUCGGGAUACCUUGAAUGAAGCUGCUGCUAAGAUAAAGGCCAAAUACCCUAAAGUUGAGGUUGUCCCCAUCAUCAAUGACUUUGCAGACGAGGCUGCUACCCAUGGGCUCUGGACAAAGCUGGGAGAUGAUGGCGUCUUUGUUGACGUUCUUGUCUUGAGCGCUGCUAAGAUGUGGCUGCCAAACACUCUGCUCGGCCUUGGUUUUGAUACAUUCAAGGACGGUCUGGCAGUCAAUGUCGCUGCUCCGUAUCUCUGGACCAGCCUAUUCCACAAGCAGAGAGAGUCAAACCCCGAUCGAAAGCUGGCACUCAUUGGUCUUUCCACAAUCGCCAUCCACGCAACUCAGGUGUCUGUACCCAUCCCUCUGUACUCUCUCACCAAAAGCGCUCUUACUAUGAUGAUGAACCAUAUCGCCAUGACCGUCCCCUCUAGCGAGAUGCAAGUUAUCACAUUUGAGCCAGGCCUCCACUACACCGAGGCUUUUGCACGGUUUACCGAUGAGAACAGUUUUCAAUGGGAUGAUAUUAAACUACCUGGAGAUUUUGCCGUCUGGGCAGCAUCUAAAGAAGCCGAGUUCCUUCAUGGUCGUUUCGUGUGGGCUAAAUGGGAUGUCAACGAGCUCAAGGGUGCGCCACUUCGUACGAAGAUCGAACAAAACCCUUCGAUGUUCCGGGUUGGCGUCAGCGGCUACUAA